UCUCCAAUUUUCUUGGUCAGUGUUUGUCAGGUUCAACUCCAGCCAUGGUUUCCCAGUGGAGGUCGAUUCUGACACCAGCAUCUUCCAGCUCAAGGAGGCGGUUGCUAAGCGACAGGGGGUUCCAGCUGACCAGUUGCGUGUAAUUUUCGCAGGGAAGGAGCUGCGGAAUGACUUGACAGUGCAGAGCUGUGACCUGGAUCAGCAGAGCAUCGUUCACAUGGUGCUGAGACCGCAGAGAAAUGGCCAAGAAAGGGGCACAGCUAGAGGGGACAGCCCACGAUAUGCUGCGGAGGGCUCUGAGAGCUUGACUCGCGUGGACCUCAGCAGCUCCGUCCUCCCCACUGACUCGGUGGGCCUGGCUGUUAUUCUGAAGGACGACAGCGAGGACGGUGCCCCGCCAGCUGGAAAGGCCAGCAGGUAGACGAGCCUACAACAGCUUUUAUGUCUAUUGCAAAGGCCCCUGUCAAGGAGUGCAGCCGGGAAAGCUCAGGGUGCAGUGCAGCACCUGCCAGCAAGCAGCGCUCACCUUGGCCCAGGGUCCUUCUUGCUGGGAAGAUGUCUUGAUCCCAAACCGGAUGAGCGGUGAAUGCCAGUCUCCAAACUGCCCUGGGACUAGAGCAGAAUUUUUCUUUAAAUGUGGAGCACACCCGACCUCUGACAAGGAAACAUCAGUAGCUUUGAACCUGAUCACAACAAACAGCCGCGACAUCACCUGCAUGACAUGUACGGACGUCAGGAGCCCCGUCCUGGUUUUCCAGUGCAACUACCGCCACGUGAUUUGCUUAGACUGCUUCCACCUGUACUGCGUGACAAGACUCAAUGAUCGGCAGUUUGUCCAUGACCCUCAGCUUGGCUACUCUCUGCCUUGUGUGGCUGGCUGCCCCAACUCCUUGAUUAAAGAGCUCCAUCACUUCAGGAUUCUUGGAGAAGACCAGUACAACCGGUACCAGCAGUACGGCGCCGAGGAGUGCGUGCUGCAGAUGGGGGGUGUCCUGUGCCCCAGCCCGGGCUGUGGGGCCGGGCUGCUCCCCGAGCCGGGCCAGAGGAGAGUCACUUGUGAAGGGGCCAACGGCCUGGGCUGCGGGCUCGUCUUUUGCCGGGACUGCAAGGAAUCGUACCACGAAGGUGAAUGCAGCGCCCUGUUUGAAGCCUCGGGAGCAGUUACUCAGGUCUACAGCGUUGACGAGAGGGCGGCAGAGCAGGCUCGGUGGGAAGAAGCUUCCAGAGAAACAAUCAAGAGGACCACCAAGCCCUGCCCUCGCUGCCACGUGCCUGUUGAGAAAAAUGGAGGAUGCAUGCACAUGAAGUGCCCGCAGCCCCAGUGCCAGCUCGAGUGGUGCUGGCACUGCGGCGGGGAGUGGACCCGCGCCUGCAUGGGGGACCACUGGUUCGACGUGUAGCCGGAGCAGCGCCACGUGGGCAGCACCCAGCGUCCUCCUGUCCCUGUUCCUCUUCCUUUCUCUAAACACACGCACACAGUCACAUACACUCACAUACAUGCACACACGCAUGCACACAUGCACACAAGCACUUCAAGUUCUUUCCAAUGUCACACAAAGUCAUGGGAGAAGCUUCUGGAACCCCUUCCCUUGUGCCCAUAAGAAACAGCAGAGCUAAUGGUGAGACCAGCAGGAAGUAUCCUGUGGCCUCAGUGACACAAACACCAGAGCACAGCUGACAGUGUAGUUCACCUUUUGGAGAGAUUCUUGAGUGAGUUCAAGUCAGGCUGGGUAAAUACAUAGAGAUUUCUCAGGUUCAGUUACCUACCCUUUAACUUCACCCAAUAUUGGGAAGAAGCCCUUGGUGAGGGGAGGAAUCGUUUCGAGGGACUGUUGUCACUGGUUCUCUGUAAGACCGAACGUGGUAGAUUCUGGGAAUUCUAAUCACGACGUAAAGAGCAGUGCUCUGAUUAAAAUCGUCAGAGAGCAUCUAUUCUCAAAGAACCACAGGCAAUAAUAGUCAAACCUACGUGUUUAUCCCCAAGAAUUGUAUCUUUAUGUACUGCGUUAGUGACACAUCAGCUAUGCAUAAAUCAGCUUAUCAACUAAGUGAGAAAUUAGGAAAGUUAAGUUGAAUAUGGAUUGUUCAAAUUUACAGGGAAGAAAUCAGAACUUGGUGUGCUUUCAUCCUAUUUAAUUAUAUGCAACUUUAGAAAGAAAUUGUUUUUCUGAAAAUAUGACAACAUUUAGAAUUCGAUUUUAAACCAUCAUUUUGAGCUUGGAAAAUAAGCUCACACAUCCAGCAUCACUGUAAAUUUAAUGAACAAGGUGCCUGUUAAGGGCACUUGUAGACAUGAUUUCAUGAUGAUUCUCAGAGCUAACAAACAUGCUGCUCGUUAAAGCAGAAUCUUUAAAGAAGGAGCGUUUCCAGGACCAGCAGAAUGAAAACAUGCCUGUGGGAAAGCUUGUGCCUUCUGCACCCCAGCAGGUCACUCAGGGCUCUUUUCUCUAGGACAGUAACUCGCACUAGAACACUUCCUCAUGUUGCCAUGGAUUGAAUUGGAUUGCUGCUCAAGUUUUCAUCGCAUUUUUUUUUCUUUUUGAGGCAUUCGCAACACAUCAAAAAGAGAUAUGUUUACACUAAAUGCAGCAAACCUCAUUCUCUCAGCACAGUGUGUGGAUUGAAAAGUGUAACCAAGGUCCUUUGUUCUCACUGUCCGCCUUCUCAGGAAGACCGUGACCAGCACUGAGGGUGUAAGGACUUUCACUAGAGCAUGGGGUUUCUUUUGGAUUUAGGGACCCUGGGAAUUAUGAAAUCAGCAGUGGACCUUCUGUUCGUAGAUGUAGCACCAGAAAUCCUUGCUGGGAGGCGAGAGGGAAUGACCUCAGCAAAUUUGCCCCGGACAUCUGUCCCUCUGUCCCUAACCAUCCAUCCAGGGACCGUCCCUCCUCUCCCCCUUCCUCAGAGGAGCUGCAGCUGGAACAAGAUUGGGGGGGGGCUUUUCAACAGGAACAGCCUCACGUGGCUUAACUCAGAAAAUCCAACCCCCCAGCAUGGCCCCAAGGCUGCCAGCCCCCUGUCAGGGAGCCUAUAGAUGGUACAGAGAUGAUGGAGAGCCGGUGCCCUGAGUGAGGGAAAGGCGGGUCACCAGGCUGGAGCCGCCACAUGCCAGGGACCGGCAUCUGCGCUCAGCCUGGAACCCACUCAGACUCUGACUGCACAUUUCCCACAGUCCCAGCAAGUAGUAUCUCCUUACGCUGCUCGGGGUACAAUCAGACGGUUCCCUGUGACGUGGGGAGCCCCCUGCGUUUCACCCCCUGCCUUGCUUUGGGGUGUAAUGACCUCGCUGUUACUGCCUCCUUCCCUGUCUGCCUGGCGCGUGGGCCUGAGCAAGGUCUGCCCCCUCCCCUCCGGGCAGCAGGGGGCCUAGUCUCUGCGCCUUUCCUGGUGGUAGUCUUUUGUUUUAUUUUUUUUCAAGAUAGACCACUGAUCCUUAAAGAAACAAGGGCCGCUAUCAAUGAACGUGACCCACAAACCACUAUAAAUGAACUCGUCUGAGCACUGGAUGACGUCACAGAAUGUGAAUCUGUCAAAAGAAUAGAAAUAAAGUCUUUGCUGAAGAAUAUUUUCCUCUGAGGUGUGUAAAGACGCACUUGACAACGAUGUCUAAGACUGUACUCAAAUCGUCAAUAAAAGCAUCAAAAG